GAAAGUUGACUAAUUCCUACUUUUUAAUUGUUUUUGUCAAAAUAAAAUAAAUCAUUGAUAUUUAACCACUACGCUUAAACUCAAAAGUCAAAAAAAAAAGUUUAAUUUUGUGCGCAAAUUUUAAAUUUAAAUGAUUUAGCAUUGAACAUACAUAAUUUAAUGUCUCACCCUAUAUUGAUUUUCAUUUUAAAAAAGUAGUGCAUUUUGUUUGAAGUUCAUUACAGGUUAAUGAAAUUUCAGAAACAAUGUCUUUUUGUUGGUUUUUUUCAAGUUUAUGUCCAACUUUUUGCCAAACGUUUUAUAGAAAGCAUUAUUUUUCGUUGAAAGUUGGAGGCUAAUGAUUUCACAUAAAUUUAGUUUUGGUUUUUUUUUCAGAAUUGGAUAUCCUAUUAUAGAAGAUAUUAUUUUCUAAAAUUUCAGUGUGAGAUUUUGAUUGCAUGAACAACAAAUUUAAAGCCAAAUACUACAUUACUUGUUUAAAUUUCCAGUGUGAAACUUUAAUUGUAUCCACAUCAAACUUUCUUCAAGCCACCACACAAAUCAUUAGCCUCCAACCUUCAACGAAAUUUAGCACACAUCUUAUAUCUCCGUAGUUAUCAACAAGAUUCUUCACCUAACUCUUGUUACAUUAUUAUAAUUUAUUCACUUAACCUUAAUAUCACCAUUAGGACAUAACCUAAUCCUUACAACAACAUUAAGAAUUAUCUAAUUAAUCUUUGUAUCACAUUAGAGAAAUAAUUUCUACGCAAGUCUCUUGUACCUCAAUCGUAAGGUUACCUUGAGAAUGUUCCUCCCAAAAUUUAAAAUUUUUGUUGUUUUUACCACAUAUCUCUUCUUCUCACUGAUGAUUUGAUUGUCAUCCUUGGUCUUUUUAUAUAUUGUCGUCAUCUUAACUUUUAAUACCAAUUAUUAGAUUUUUUAAAGUUUAUAUUCAACUAUUUCGCGAAUGGUUAGUAUGAUAUUUUUCAUUUUAAACUUAAGAGGUAAAGCCGAAUUUGGUUUUGAAUUCUUUCUUAAAAGAUCGUGUACUAAUCAUAAUUUGGUUUUGGAUAUCUUAUUAUAUAUUAUAAAUUAUUUGUCUAAAUUUUCAAUGUGUGAUUUUGAUUACAUUCGCAAUAUAUUUUUAUUGUAAUUUUAGUUAUAAUUAGCUCACUAUAGAAAAAAAAAAGUAAAACAAAUUUGAUUGUCUUCUAAUAAUAUUAAUAUCUGUCAAAAUUAACAAAACCAUGAUUUCAAAGUUAGAAAUAUAAAGCUAUUCGCGUACUUGCAGAAUAGGAAAAAUAGCUUAAGACAAUAAGAAAUUUUUGAUCAGCACAAACCCAAUGUCAAUUAAAAAAAUCAUCACAAACUCUUUAAUUUCAGUUUGUGAAGUUGGUACUUUGAUUUGAAUAUAAUCUAGUAAACGACAAAAAAUAAGUGUUGAAAUUCUGUGAUUCCAUUCAAAUAAUUCUCUCUCUCUCUGUCACACACGCACAGUACUCUAUAAACCCACCAAAAAAAAAAAAAAAAACUUCUCUCUAGAACCCAAAAGCUCUCGCCUCUCUCUUAAAUCGUAAAGAAUCCCUAACUCCGGUCCGGCUUCUCCGGCGCCGGAGGUUCUCCUCUUCCCCUUAUCUCUCUUUUUCCUUUUGCUCUCUCCCUCGAAGCCUCUUCCCUUGCCGAUAUGCUUGCGACUCUGGUUUUGUCGGGUCAAGUCGGAGAUCCACUUUGGGUGGGCGACGCCGUAAGGCUCAGGCUAUCCUUGGAGUAGCGGCGAGGCUUGUCGAACGGUAGAAGGGGAGGGAGUCGGCUUUUAGGGUUUGGGUUUGCCAGAUCUAGUUUUCCAAUUUCAGAUCUACGGCGAAUCCAUCUCGGUCUUGGCGCGUGGGCUUGGCAAGACGCCUCCUCCACCUUAGUUCUCUGGUCCCACGGAGCGGUGAGCAAAACAGAGGAGAGGACCGACGAUUUGUGUACAGAGGUUUGUCUACUGGUUCUCGGUGACAACAUGCAUCAAGGGCGACGACGAUGGAGUGGUCAACUGGAGAAGUCAACCUAGCAGCGGUGUGUGGCGGAGGUCGACAUCCCAGCGUCCGGAAAGUGACUUCGGUCUCAUCCCGGCGGUUCGAGCUCCACACUUCUGAAUCUGUUAAACCGGUUCGUGUCCAUUUCCGAACCCGCACUUUCAGUCGGACUUCGUGUUCGUUUUGUGGCUGAGGAACAGAGUAGUGAAAGCCGGUGGUAGUGAGUCCUUCUCGGUGUGCGCCUUCGGCGGAGUUUGCUGUUGGGCCAAGAACGUCACGCUUAUCAUUAGGGCCCAUUAGCUUGAGUUGUAUUGUUUGCCGAUUUAGGUUUGUUGCCACUGUGUUAGUAAGUACUGUCGUGUCUAGAGGUCUAAUUUUAGGGGUCAAAGAGUUGAUUCACUUCGAGUCUUGGAGUGAAGUCAAUCUCAGUGUGGUCGAAAAAAUACUUUGAUUGCUUGAUCAAGUAGCGUUAGGUCCAAUCAAGUGACUUAGGGCAAUACUAGAUAGCUUCAAAGUAUUUGGUUUAAGUCUGUUGAGGUCAUAAUCAGUUGUAUCCUUGUUGGUGAAUUGAAAAGUUGAUGUUGAGUUAAAAAAAAAAAAAAAAAAAAAAAAAAAAACCCACCAAAUAUCUCCACUCUUUAUCUCUCUUAUUCAUAACCUGCAAUUUGCUACCAUCAAAAAAUAUUCCAUCUUUCUCUUUAAAAAACCUCUGAAGACAUAAGAUUUCAUUCACUUUUUUCUAUUUUUCAAGAAAGACGUCAUUUUGAACCAAAGGAACCAAACAAAAAAAGAUGCAGGACCUGACGUCAGCUGCAGCAUAUUACCACCACCAAUCGAUGCUAAUGAUGGCGGCUAAGCAGCAGCAGCAGCCGGAGUUACCGGAGCAACAGCAGCUAAAGUGUCCUCGCUGCGACUCACCCAACACCAAAUUCUGUUACUACAACAACUACAACCUGUCUCAGCCACGUCAUUAUUGCAAAAACUGUCGUCGUUACUGGACCAAAGGCGGUUCCCUCCGUAACAUCCCCGUCGGCGGCGGAUCUCGUAAGAACACUAAACGGUCCUCUUCUUCUUCUCCGUCGAGCAGCAAUCUGAAGGACAAAACCGUCGCUGUUCCCGACCAGAAACCUAACUCUGAGGAGGAGUCCCGACCGAAACUAGUGGAAGAAGAGAGGAGAAUGACGGGUCAGGAAAUGGAUCCGACCCGGAUGUUAUACGGGUUACCGGUUGGAGAUCCGAGAUUCACUUCGCUGUUGGGUGCGGAUGUCGGGAUUAGUUACGAAACCGGGUCGAAUUGGUAUCCGGGUAUACAUUUGGGUUUGGGUCCGGGUAUCCCGAGGGAUGAUUGAUGACGUGCGUGAAGAGUAAUAGUGGAGAAGAACUGAAUGAAAGAACGUCAAGGGUAAUUUAGUAAAUUCAAUAUGGAUAUCUGUUUCUUUUGGCCAUCAAUAUUUAACACAACAAAGGAUGUCCGUUCAUUCAGUGAUAUAAUCUUUUAUUUCACUUUUUAGUCAGUAUUUUUUAUUUAUCUUUUCACAAUUAGCUCUACUGCGUGCUAUCUAUGAUAAUGUAUAUCUAAUGAAAGUAUAUAAUGAGAUUG